AACCUCAGCAGACCACCACACCACCCACCACUGUGCCCGUGCCUGCGAAGGUCGUUGGUUCGCUGUAUUCUCUGGCUUGGCUCCCCAGGACGACGACGCCGGUCGAAGCUUGUGUGCCGCCCUCAUCCCGUGUUUGCCCACGUUGAAACCCUAGAUAGGCGCUGGCGUCUGUCCAAGGAGAAGAGGAUCUCGACAACGACACAUCUGGUCACCAAGGAAAACAGAGACUGCAGGCAGGGUAAAGAGCCCCCUUUGCAGUUGGUACCGUGGGCUGUUUCAGUUGGCACAAGUUGCGCUCUGGCUCGGCGACCAGAGCCUACAGAGUAUCUUAGUCACAACCUCUGCUAUCUGUACUUGCCCAUCACCAAACGCUACAGCUGUCAGCACAGGUGCCCAAGGACACCCUUCCGGCCUCCUUGUUAA